AUGGCGGCUUUUCAUGGCGUGCCAGCUUCCAUUUUGCCUUCCACCGUCUUGCUUCACUCGCUCAGCUGGGACGGGACGGCAUUUAUCCACUUUCAAGAUAACGAUUACGAGAGCCUCUACUCGGCCAUACAGAGUGCUCUUCUCUGCUAA